AUGACAUCAGUGAACGAGGGUUUUCUCUCCCCCAAGCCGUCGCCCCCUGGCGAGAUCCCGGUUGUGGGUGCUUCCCCGGCCGUCAGGUCAGAGCCAACGCAGCCAAUCCGACACCAGCCGCUCUCUCUGUCACAUGCACGCGUCAUCCCUCUUCCUAUUAAUGGUGAGAAUCGUAGCUUAUCAGAGAUUGAAUCGAACGCAACAUCGAUUCCCACCCUUCUUGUGGACGAUCUUCUGUCCCAAACUCAAAGCCCACAAGACCAAGUUUUCAUCAGGGGGAAUGGAUUUCUUGGCGCUUACAACCUCACAUUUUUCUCAGAUGCCCGGCUUGCUUCGCUGUCCAGCCGCUUAGGGAAUGACAGUGUCAACGAAGUCGUCGGGAGAAUAUCUAAUGUUGUUCGCAGCAGGCUCUCAAAGCGGCCAGAAUCGGGCCAGAAUGCGAUCCAGUCGGCAGUGAGCCGCAAUCAUUCUGUCGAGCUAUUUACAGACAGAGUUGCUGCCAAGAAAUACAUUCAGCUGUAUUUCGAGCGCGUCCAUCCUCUCCUACCCUUCCUUGAGCGGGCCAGCUUCGAGAGCAUAGCGCUCAGCAACAAUUUGGAUGAAUUGCUUACCAACAGCAAGCCGUGGGUUUGCCUUUACCAUGCAGUAUUAGCUUUGGGUAGCCAAUAUGACGGAGAGGGUAGUUUCGAGCCUUGUACAGGGAAAUCAUGGAAGAUUUUUGCAGUUAGCCUGGCAUACUUCCCUGAACUACUCCUACACAACGAUUCACUCCCUACGUUAGAGGCCAUGACUGCUAUGUCGGCGUUUUCCCUCAGUGUGUCAUGUCUCGCGAUCGAACACGUCAUCAUGUCCGAGGCUGCUAGGCGAGCGCAAAAUUUGGCUGGUGCAAAUUUCACAGGUCGUUCGGCCCAAAGAUAUUCUCGGUGCUUCUGGGUGCUCUAUGCGAUCGAAAAAAUGUCAAGCUUCCAGAUCGGCAGGAGCUCUGUAUUUGUCGACGGCGAUAUCUCCUGUCCUCUCCCUAGAGUUUCGGAAGCUACAUUCGGCGGAUUCGAUUACCUCCUAUCCUUCCUUCGCUACGCCAGAAUAAUAUCCAGAGCUCUCACCUUUCUCUUUUGUGUUGGUGUUGCAAAUAAACCAACCUCAUAUCACCUCGAAACAACAGAGCAACUAAAGAAAGAGCUGGAGGAUUGGCGACUUUCACUGCCUGAUAAUGGCUUCCGGCCAGGUGGAACGAUCCGACCAGAAACUGUUCAGGGAUCCGUUGAGCGACAAGCGGCCACCUUUAUUCAAUACCUAUACGCCCAUAUGAACUUAAUAAUCAAUCGCAACACACUUCUUCACCUUGUCAAAUCCAACGAUCAAGCUUAUUCCAAAGAGCGUCAAGCUGCUACUUCUGACAUCCACAAAUCUUGCCGGUUGAUAGUGGAGCUGACGACACUAAUAGAGGUCGAGCCUCAUACGAAUAUCUGGAUUCUCGCAACUAUUCCCUUGGCCGCGCUUUUUGUGCUUUUCGAUAGCGUCGUUCAUAACCCACGACAGCCGGAAACUUACUCAAACCUCGCUUUGCUCGACAUGGCCGCCGGACACUUUAGCCGACUGGAAUAUUGCAGCAACGGCACACUCCCGGGGUCUCUCAUCUCCGAGUUUUCUCACGUCGCUCGCACUUAUGUCAACAGUAUCCAAAGCCGUGAUUCUGUACCUGCUGGAUCACAGAGGAACAGUGUAAAAGAUACCUCGCUGCUUCCAGGAAGCUCUUUGCAAGAAAAAGGUUCCAGCAACGGAGUCAGUCCAGAGAUUACCAGGACGCAGCCUCCGGCAGCUCAGGACUUGGUGAUGACGACCUCUGGGGAGCAGCUGAGAACAGUGGGAGAAGCAGGGUCUGAAUUUCCGGAGUCUUCGGAAUCUUUUGAACCUUUUGGGGGCAUGGACUAUACCAUAGAUGCCUUCGGGGGAAACAUAUCCGGGGAGCCCUCUUUGGGGACAAACGUCUUGGACCUCUUCAACAACUUUCUUCCCGACCUGGAUCCUAUGCUAUAUCAUGGGAUGCCGGAAUGGAUGGGUUUUAAUGGAAAUAGUGUCAUGGUUAUCGGUUAG